AGAAGGUAUUUGAUAAUUCCUAAAAAAAACAAUUUAAUAUAUUAUGAUAUACAAAUUAUAUUUUAUCAUUUAGUUGAAAUCAUAGGUCGGUAUUAUUUAUUUUGCUAAGUAAUAUUUUAAAUAUUUGUAUUUAUUAAUUAUUAUAGGUAAGUACUUCUAUAAUUUUAGGGGCUAAUGAACGAUUGAGAACAUUAUACCUUUUUGACCAAACUAUUGAGAAACACUUAAAAUUAGGGGAGAUUGUAAAUUCCGCCCGGGAAAAUAAAUAUUUUUAAACUAAUAAGCGUUCCGUGAUUGUACGAUGCGACCGUACACUUCGCGACACGGCGUGUUAUAGUAUUUGAAAGUCACAAAAUGUUCGUAUCUCAGACGAAAAUCGUCAAUCAUAUCAUAUCUUAUCAUUUUUGCUACAUAUUGUGGAUCUAAUAAUUGGAAAUAUCAAAUAGAAAUAUUAUAAAUUGUGUUCAGUACACGUCUUAGAGUCUUAUACAGUUAAACGCUUACACGCUAUAAUGGCUCAAUUUAUCAAAUCAAAACGUGGAAGUAUACUUUUAGUAUUAGACAAUUUUAAAUUUUUUAAAGUAAAUAGACCUUUGGCUUCUGGGUUAAAAAAAUGGCUAUGUAUAAUCCAAACUAACAAAGCUUUUGUGAAAACCUUUGGUGAAACUACGAACAUCGCUGAACAAAAUGUUGAUAAUGAUAAACAUAGUGCAAAUAGUGAUCAAAAUAUACAACGGCAAAUUGUAUCAGUAUCAACAAAACGUAAAACUGUUGAAGAUAAUAAUGAGAAACCUAGUAAAAUAGUGUGUACUGUUAUUAAAAGCAUUCUUUGAUAUGAAGCGUUACAAGUAAGUGACUUGCAUAAUAUUAAGCGAAAUAUUUAGAAUUGGGUAACAUUGGUAGGUAACAAAGAACUUACCGCUGACCUAAAACCCCCAAAACUAAUACGAUUGAGAACGAAUUUACAUGCAAUGUAGCCAUAUUAUUUAUUUGGCUAUUAAAAGAUUCAGUAAUAUAAAUAUAAAAUAAAUAUUCUUGAAAAAAGUCAUAAAUUAAUAAUUAUAAUAUUAUACACAUAUAUGGGUACCUAUCAUCUAAUAAAUAAAACAAUUUGAAACCGUAUCCAUGAUUAUACCUAAUAAUUAUGAACUUAUAAAAAUAAGUAAUAUAUAUUAUGCAUAAAUAAUGUAAAUUAUGUAAUAU